UGGCCUUCACAAAUGUAUCCUUUUCAUCUGUCACAGUCCCUAAUAUUCUGAUGAACAUGCAGACUCAGGAUCAAUCCAUUCCCUGUGCAGAAUGUGUAACACAGACAUAUUUUUUACUAUUACAGACCUGGACAGCUUCCUUAUUACAUCAAUGGCAUAUGACUGCUAUGUUGCCAUGUGUCAUCCCCUUCACUACACUACAAUCAUGAGGGAGGAGCUAUGUGCCUUUCUAGUGGCUGUAUCCUGGUUACUGUUUGGGGCCAGUUCCCUUUCCCACGGUCUUCUCCUGACCCAGUUAUCUUUUUGUUCUGACAACAUCAUCCCCCAUUUCUUCUCUGACCUUGGUGCCCUGCUUAAAUUUUCCUGUUCAGACAUUGUCCUCAAUGAGCUGGUCAUGUUCUCUUCAGUGGUGGUGGUAAUUACACUGCCAUUCAUAUGUAUCCUGGUAUCUUACGGGUAUAUUGGGGCCACCAUCCUGAGGAUCCCCUCAACCACAGACAAAGCCUUGUCCACAUGUGGCUCCCAUCUCUCUUUAGUGUCUCUGUAUUAUGGGUCAAUAUUUGGGCGACACCUUUUCCUGACAUUAACCAAUUUCAUUGACAAGGACAUCAUUGUGGUUCUCAUGUACACAGUGGUCACACCCAUGUUGAACCCCUUUAUCUAUAGCCUUAGGAAAAAGGACAUAAAAAGAGCCUUUGAGAAACUCUUCAGUAGAGCAAUAUUUUUCUCACCAUGA